CUGGAGCGAUUGGUCAUUGUCCCACGUUUAACAGUACAGGUGGACGAAAGGGGCUGGCUGCCAAAUACUUCUGCUUGGAGGGAGGGGUGGGAGUGCUCGCUCCAAACCACUCCUGGAAUGGCUUAACUCGCCCAGCGCGAAUCAAUGACAACCUCUCCCCGACAGCGGCAGGCUCCCGGAGCAGCGCUGCCGUGCGGACUCCCAGCCUCGGACCCUGGUGGAGCUCAGAACACGGCCCGGGCAGGAGCGCGACGUCCCCGGGGCGGCCAGGGCUCUGGCUGAGAUCAUGGCCAAUGACAUUGAUGAGCUCAUCGGCAUCCCUUUCCCCAACCACAGCAGCGAGGUGCUGUGCAGCCUCAAUGAGCAGCGGCACGCAGGGCUGCUGUGUGACGUGCUGCUGGUGGUUCAGGAGCAGGAGUACCGAACACACCGCUCGGUGUUGGCUGCCUGCAGCAAAUACUUCAAGAAGCUCUUCACGGCCGGUAGCCUGGCCAGCCAGCCCUACGUCUAUGAGAUUGACUUUGUCCAGCCCGAGGCUCUGGCUGCCAUCCUGGAGUUUGCCUACACCUCCACACUCACCAUCACUGCCUCCAACGUCAAGCACAUCCUCAACGCUGCCAGGAUGCUGGAGAUCCAGUGCAUUGUGAACGUGUGCCUGGAGAUCAUGGAGCCUGGUGGCAACGGAGGUGAGGAGGACGACAAGGAGGACGAUGAUGAUGACGAAGAUGACGAUGAGGAGGAGGAUGAAGAGGACGAGGAAGAGGAGGAAGAGGAGGAGGAGGAUGACACAGAGGACUUUGCUGACCAGGAAAACUUGCCUGGCCCUCAGGACAUCAACUGCCCCCAAAGCCCCUCCAAGACGGACCAUCUCACAGAGAAGGCCUAUUCAGACACACCCAGGGACUUUCCCGACUCCUUCCAGCCUGGCAGCCCUGGCCAUCUGGGAGUGAUCCGGGACUUCUCCAUUGAAUCUCUGCUGAGGGAGAACUUGUACCCCAAAGCCAACAUCCCUGACAGAAGACCCUCCUUAUCUCCAUUCGCCCCAGAAUUCUUUCCACACCUCUGGCCAGGGGACUUUGGUGCCUUUGCCCAGCUGCCUGAGCAGCCCAUGGACAGCGGGCCGCUGGAUCUAGUCAUCAAGGACCGCAAAAUCAAGGAGGAGGAGAAGGAGGAACUAGCCCCACCCCCACCCCCUCCUUUCCCUAGCGACUUCUUCAAGGACAUGUUUCCUGACCUGCCGAGUGGACCACUGGGCCCCAUCAAGGCAGAGAAUGACUAUGGUGCCUAUCUCAACUUCCUGAGUGCCACCCACCUGGGGAGCCUCUUCCCGCCCUGGCCGCUGGUGGAAGAGCGCAAGCUGAAGCCCAAGGCCUCUCAGCAGUGCCCCAUUUGUCACAAGGUUAUCAUGGGGGCCGGGAAGCUGCCUCGGCACAUGAGGACCCACACCGGGGAGAAGCCGUACAUGUGCAGCAUCUGCGAGGUCCGCUUCACCAGGCAGGACAAGCUGAAGAUCCACAUGCGGAAGCACACAGGGGAGCGGCCCUACCUGUGCAUUCACUGCAACGCCAAGUUCGUGCACAACUACGACCUCAAGAACCACAUGCGCAUCCACACAGGCGUGCGGCCCUACCAGUGCGAGUUCUGCUACAAGAGCUUCACGCGCUCCGACCACCUGCACCGCCAUAUCAAGCGACAGAGUUGUCGCAUGGCACGGCCCCGGCGUGGCCGCAAGCCAGCCGCCUGGAGGGCUGCCAGCCUGCUCUUCGGGCCGAGUGGCCCCACACCCGACAAGACGGCCUUCGUGAUGCCACCCACGCUGGGAGACGUUGGGGGUCACCUGGGCGGCGCAGGGGUGUGCCUCCCGGGCCCCAGCCCUGCCAAGCACUUCCUAGCGGCACCCAAGGGUGCCCUAAGCCUGCAGGAGCUGGAGCGGCAGUUCGAGGAGACGCAGAUGAAGCUGUUCGGACGUGCGCAGCUCGAGGCCGAGAGGAACGCUGGCGGCCUUCUGGCCCUAGCGCUGGCCGAGAACGUGGCCGCCACGCGGCCCUACUUCCCGCUACCCGACCCCUGGGCAGCCGGCCUGGCUAGCCUCCCUGGGCUCACUGGCCUCAACCAUGUGGCCUCCAUGUCUGAAGCCAACAACUAGGCUGGUCCUGGUCCAACCCAGCCCCAGACCCUGUCUCAAGUCCCUCCAAGGCCCGCUCUGCUCCACCCAGUGGAUCUGACUUUCUAGUUUGCAAACACAAAGGGAAAAUGAGAAAAUACAUUUCAGCUGCGAUGCUGUUUUCCCGGCCUUUGAAGGCAGCACCUCCCUUUUGCCGGAGUCGGAGCUAGACAUCAGUUCCCUAAGGGUUGGGAGCCCCCACCUCUCCCUGGCCGUCUCUGAUUCACAUAGAAACACACAGGGUGCCAUGUCUCAGAAGGCUCCGUGCUGGUGCAGCGAUAUGGGGUUGUAAGGAGGGAGCACUCCACCAGAAGGCAGGCUAGGAUGAGCCAGCGCGAGGACUGUGGCCUGGCCAGGCACUUUGGUUGAGCCAUACUGCCCUAUGGGGGAAUUCCUCCAACACUGCUUUCCUCAGAGUCCAGUUUCAGCUUAGAGGUCCCAGAUCCAAUUGAGCAAGGCAUACCGGCCAUGGGGAAAGACCAUCCCACUGGGCUGAAAGGUCUCCUGCAGCUAGAAGCUGGCAUGGAGCAAGCCUAUAAUUGGCUUGUCCUGCGACCUUGGGCAGGCCAACCCUCUGUGCCUCAGAGUCACCCUGCUGUGAAAGGGGGUGGUUACAUAUUCCCCUACGCCCCUCCAUACAUGUUCACACCUGUUCCUAAAAACAAAAAGUCCCUAGAAAGGUAAAAUUUUUGCAUACCUCCCCCAGAGUCACUAGGAGGCAGUCUAUCUUACUGGAAUUGGUUCCAUCGCCUCCACGUGAAAAUCAGCAUUGUAGCCUAGGUGAGACAUGCAGCAGAACUAGACUCUGGUGACAGACAGAGAGAGCGAGGGAUAGGCUGGGCUUAAUGGCUUUCAAUACCCAUAGGCAACUCCAGGAACCCCAAAACCUGCCCACUUUCUGAUAGACAACUGUCAUAUCUGAACACACCUGGAAACAACAGUCAGCAUUUACCCACCUCCACAGGCCCUCUGGAGUUCACUCUCCUUGAGCUAAUACUCAAGGGUUGGGGCCUCCCCAUCCCUGCAAGUGUCACAGCACCUAGUCAUCCAGGACUCAUCUCUUUGUUUGGGGUUCGCUGGUGGUACCCUUCUACUGUGUUUGAGCCUCUGGUAUCCCUUUCUAUAUUUGACCAAAGCGCUCCAGUGCAAAGAUGUGGAACCCUUUGGGUUGUGAUGUGUUCUGUGAAGUAGGACCAGCUCACCUGGUUCUGGGGUUGGUAGUAGCAAGACAACUUUGCCAGUCGGUCCAUGCCUUCUUGGGUUUGCAUUGGUUUCUUGAGAUCCCAGGGAGGAGAAUCCACCUGCUUGGAGGGCCUAGGCCUGGUGUCCCAGAGCCCCAAGCUGUGUGUACAUGAGGCUCAGUUCUUUCUAUACCAUUGCCUUGGCUUUAUCCUGUACAAACACAAACAGAAAGGUCAGAGAAGACAGUAGACUCUGUCCCUCCUGAAGCUCGCAAGAAACACUCCCUGUCUGCCAGUGUUUCCAGACCACAGUCCCUCGGGUGGAUGUUCCUCAGAUACCACCCUCAUCGGUCGUCUGCUGAGGCUGCCGCCUCUUAGAUCCCUGUCACACUUCAGACUUGUUUCUGGACCCAUCUACCAAUAUGCACACUCUGUCCCACCAGCCAAGGGGCUGCAGCUGAACCAGACUCAACAACAGAGGAACCCAGGGGAAGGCGGUGGUGACAGGCUUUUGUUUUUAUUUUGUAAAGGUAACGACUUCUUAUAAACUCACUUUUUCAGAUGACUGCUUAGUUCCUUUUGUCAUUUUUUUCCUGGGCUGCAAUUAGGAGUUGUACAUUGUAAAAUAUCCAAAGAUGUUGAGUACUGUAUGAUCAAGCACUUGAAAUAAAUGGGUUGUGGGGGGAGGGGUGGUUGUGUUUCGUUUUGAUUUUUUUUUAAUGUUUCUGACUUCCCUGUCUGUCUGUGGGAGAACUUUGGAAUUUUUCUAUUUAUAACUCUUUUUAUGUGACGCCUCUGUGUAUAAUGACACACAACAGUUUGCCUUAGUGACUCAAGGGACAAUCUUCCAUAACUUUGGUCGCACGCCGCAUCCUACCCAGAAAUGCUCAGCUAAUUUUCUGGCCUAUUUAUUAAAUAAUAUGAACUGACUUGCCUAAA